CAAAUUUCUAAUUUCGAUUCCUGUUUAUGAUAUUUAACCAUGCUAGUAGAUCUCCGUAUUUACAAAGUUUUUAUUUACAUAGCAGAUCGUCGCUGCUCUAGAAAUGGUGCAUGGAACUGUAGAUGGUUUUUCCAAGAUGCAAAUGAAGGCUCAGCGCAUGCCACCAGUCCUUAUAAACUCAAUUAAUCUACCCUGGCGUACACAUCCAGGAAUGCCUAGGGCUAUUCAAGAUAUGAAAGAAAAUUUGACAAGCCGUCUCCCUGAAUGGCCUGUUUCUAAAAUCGAGGAGUUGAACACUUUACUACUAACAGAUGCUAGUUCCAUGGAAGAGUACGAGGACUUAUAUACAUUGAAUGAGCACGUGGUACGGUGUAAUCAAAUGCGGCCGGCUCGUUCCUUGGAAGAAUUCAAUGCCACAGACAAGUUCGAUAGAGCUAUGUUAAGGCGUUUGAUUGGAGGUAAUGGAGGUUUGGGUUUAGUUGGUGCAAUGGGAUGUGUGAUGAUAUGCUUAUCUGAGGAAAAUGAUGGUUUAGGUAAAUUGGUAAGAGGUGGAAGAGAUGGUUUGAAACUGGUGGAAGGGGAAAAUGAGCUAGUUGAAGGAUGAAAUUUUCUAGGAAAUUGUUUAUACUUUUUGGCAGAAUUCUCCACAUAUGCCUGUUGAAUGCGAGCUAAGUAGAAUGCAUCAGUAUCACUAGUCGGCUUAUACAUUUGCAAUGGAUUUCGAAUUUCCUCUUUCAACCCACUUAUAAAACUCAUUGUAAAGUAAUCCUCGGAAAGAUUCUUAUUCUUAGAUUUCAUAAUUGCUUUCAGAGAUUCAUAUCGUU